CUUUCUUGUAAUCCUGAGGUCUUCUUAUAAACAUCGUUCUCUUCAGCUGCAAUCUGUGACAAUGGUCUGACCAGUACUGUGUUUGGAUAAAGAGCCAAUCGUCAUGAAAUAGACCUCUUUGGCUGCCGUUCCGAGGACAACCAAAGCGCUCAGCGAACAAAGUGCUCAGAAUCUGGUACCCGCCGGCCCUUUACUCCUACAGUCACUGCGAGAAGAUAUCGCUGUAGUGACGAGUGGUGAAAAUGGCCUCAGCGCCAUUGGAACAAUGUCUUGGUUCUGCAGAGUGUUGCUGUCCACAAGGGAGCAGCCGCUUGAACCAAUAACGCCUGACCUCCACGAGUGGACACACCCACACGAACAAAGCACCAGAAGACCUGUUUACCUGUGGAUUCUUGUAAGAUUGGCUUUAUAAAAAGGAUUGUUCAAAUGGUCGAGCACCACUGACAUCUUCUAAUCAUGCAUCGCGCUCUUUUAGUCGACGAUAUCAUUCAUACCAUUCUCCAAAAUUUAAAGUCCUCCCGGAUGGACUUGAGAAACGUGGCCCUGACUUGCUCCACACUCUCAGCUCACGCUCUUGAUAUGCUGUGGUCUGAACAGUCAAGUUUGGCACCCCUUAUCAUGUGCCUCCCUCAAGACACAUUGGAGGUCGCAAGCGAUUACACUAUUAAUUUGACCCGCGAGCCGACUCCCAUGGAGUGGGAGCGUGUCAGAAUCUAUGCGUCAAGGAUACGCAGGCUUCUUUACGACAUCGGCGACACCCCUUGCAUGCAAACCCCGAAGCCAUGUACCAGCCUUGUCUUACAGAGACUUUUCGCGCGGUUCCCUCCCCCGUUGUUAUUCCCCAACCUGUGCGCGUUGGAUUUCAACGCAGUGUUUGAUCAGCCGGAGUUUCGUUCAAACUUGUUGCUACUGCGCCAGUUCUUUUCGCCAGGAUUAGAAGUGCUCUGGUUCGACGUACCGACGCGGGGCGUCCUGACGCACGAUGUCGAGCAAUUAGUUAGUGCUCUCUCCGUUGAGGCAUCCGGCCUGCAACAUCUUUCAAUAUCGUCGGCCCAAGGUAUCUCGCCUAUUGCAGUACCUCCGAGUCUCGGAAAGCUGCCAAAGCUAAUUCAACUGGAGAUGAACGGAAUCAACGUAGCCCUGACGAGGCAGAGCAUUACCAAUAUCCAGCAAUCUCGGUGUCUUCAAAUCCUAAAACUUACUUUGCGCGGAACGUCCACCAAUGUGGAAAACAUGCCAUCGGAUAAUAUGCCACUCGAACUGAGCACUCUCAAACACCUCUCUCUCUUUGGCGAUUGCUUGCCACAGUUCACGUACUUCCUUCGUCAAGUUACCACCCCGCAAUUAUCAUCCAUCCAUAUCAAUUACUGGACACCUGCUUCCCAGACAGCAAUCGCGGCGUUCAUGAAGUCUUUAUGCAAGUCUUGCCAAACUUCGGCAUGUCUGGAAGAGAUCUGUGUGGUCGGCGAAUUGCGUCAGGAUCCGGAGCCUGACGAUUUCAGCCCACUCCCCUCCCAUAUUUUCCGGCCUUUGCUCGAAUUCCAAAAGCUGUCGACAUUGAGAUUCAUCGGUGUUGGCCAGUACUACUACUUCGACGAUGCGUUCAUCGCCGAUGCUGAAGCAGCCUGGCCAGCUAUUCGUGAAUUGCAGUUUUCCUCACACCUCAAAAAGAUUUGGCACCACCUGGAUGAUUAAUGUAUCGCUAUUAUAGACUAUAGGUUCCCUACUACAUUUGUUAGCCGUAGCCGUGUAUCAUAGUACUCUGUGUUCCCCUACUAUACUACCUUCUGUUGACGAGAUCGUGAGAUCCAUAUGUGAUCAUCAGUGACGCCAACUCUGGACACAUCGAGAUCGCACGGUCA